UCGCUGAGUGCGGCUCUGUGUAAAGAGGUUGGUUGGAUGGUGACAGUUGCUAGCUUUCACUCAACAAGGAAGUAGAAGCUGCCGUGUUCCGCAGACGGAACAAAGGUCCGUGGUUUGGUGUAAUCGGUGUCAGCCAUGUUUCUGUUACGCUUCCAUGUCCCUGCGUGUCUGCGGUAAGAUGAAGAUGACUUCCUACAGCGGCCCUGUGUCUCUCUGAAGCUGAUGGUCUAAUUUGGAAUGCAGAGCUGAUUUUAGCUGCUGCUUCCCACAUCGGCACAUCUUUGGUCAAGCAUGGCUCCUGUUCCUCCUGGGAUCCGGCUGCUGGUGUCCUUCAACAGGGACCAAUGGUAUCGGGCUCUUACCUUCAUCCUCACCUUCCUCCUCUACACUAGCUUCCACCUCUCCAGGAAACCCAUCAGCAUAGUAAAGAGCGAGCUUCAUAGGAACUGCUCAUCUGCCAGUGAACUGGCCUCUGUCGCUUUGGGCAGAAGUGGGGGCCGGGAAGCCCCUCUCCCUUCACUCCACACAGAUAAUGAGUGCGGCUGGAAACCUUUUGAUAAAAGCAACUACAAACAGCUGUUAGGAGCCAUGGACUACUCCUUCCUCUGUGCCUAUGCCAUUGGGAUGUAUCUCAGUGGCAUCAUUGGGGAGCGCCUACCUAUCCGGCUGUAUCUCACAGUGGGAAUGCUGGCCAGUGGGCUUUUCACCUGCCUGUUUGGCCUCGGCUACAUCUACAACAUCCACAGCCUGGGUUUCUACAUAUUUGUUCAGGUGGCCAACGGGCUGGUUCAAACCACUGGCUGGCCCAGUGUAGUGACCUGUAUUGGCAACUGGUUUGGAAAAGGAAGGCGUGGGCUCAUCAUGGGGCUUUGGAACUCACACACCUCAGUGGGAAACAUCCUGGGCUCUCUAAUCGCUGGGUACUGGGUCUCAUCUAACUGGGGCCUCUCCUUCAUUAUACCUGGCCUCAUCAUUGCAGCCAUGGGAGUGAUUUGUUUCCUUUUUCUUAUUGAACAUCCCAAUGACUUAAAAGGUGUGUACGCUCAGAACCUUUGUCCUGGAAAUGGUGUUUCAGCCAAAAGCUGGAAUGGAGCAAACGGACAUUCAAAGGUUUACCUGCAGUACAAGGACAACAAAACGCAGGCCUACAGCUAUCUGAAGGAAAGUCUUCUGAAUAGGAAGAGCUAUGACACGGAGCUGCUGCUACCCCGGGACUCCGUCUGUGUCCCUGCGCAGCCUGUUGUGGUAGUGAAGAGCGAGUCGGAGCCGUCUGCCAUCAGCUUCAUGGGAGCACUGCGAAUACCUGGAGUGGUGGAGUUUUCUCUGUGCCUCCUCUUUGCCAAACUGGUCAGUUAUACCUUUCUUUUCUGGCUGCCCCUCUACAUCACGAAAGCAGCUCACCUGGAUGCAAAGAGAGCUGGAGAUCUGUCCACCUUGUUUGAUGUUGGAGGAAUUGUUGGAGGGAUUUUGGCAGGACUCAUCUCUGAUAAACUGGGGAAGAGAGCCACCACAUGUGCUGUCAUGCUGCUGCUGGCUGCUCCUACGCUCUAUGGCUUCUCAAUGAUCAGCCAGUUUGGUCUGGGACCAACUGUUGGAAUGCUGUUGGUGAGUGGAGCGCUGGUAAAUGGACCAUAUGCCCUCAUUACAACUGCAGUGUCAGCAGAUCUGGGAACCCAUAAAAGCCUGAAAGGCAACUCCAGAGCUCUGUCCACCGUUACCGCCAUCAUUGAUGGGACAGGAUCCGUAGGUGCAGCUCUGGGCCCCCUGCUGGCUGGCCUGUUAUCUGCAGGCGGCUGGGAUCAGGUCUUCUACAUGCUGAUGACAGCGGACUUCCUGGCCUUGUUGCUUUUGUUACGGCUGGUGACGAAGGAGCUGUCCUCAUCUAAAGCUCAUCCAGUCUCUGCUAUGGAGUUAAAGGAGCACUGAACACUGGCUACACCACUACUAAACCCUUCUGAAAGUUGAUGGCAGCACAAUAAGAAGUGUGAGGGGGGGUGAAUCCUUCCGAUGCUCAGGCAGAAAAUCAGUAAAUCAGUCC